AAAGAUAGACUCAAAAAGAAAGAGCGCACAGAAACAGAGAGAGACAGGUCUGCCUUGGGAAGAGCUGUCUAUCACUGCUCCAACGAACUUCUUCUUCUUCUGUGGUGCUCUAUCUCUAUCUGUUUAUCUCUUGCCAGGAGAGGCAUCCUGUCCGGCCCAUUUGAACAGUUUUGACGGAAAAAAAAACUAUAAACGACACUUAUGAGUUUGAUUUAUGCAAGCUUCAAAUUCGGUUUGACUCCUCAAACAAGACUUUCACGUAAAAAGUCUUUUACUACUCGAUCAUCACCAGGGCUUCUUAAAAUCCGAGCCGUGCAAGAGAAUGGAGGUCCUCGAAGACUGGUUGACAUCAUAAGGCUUGUGCCAGACAUUUCCAGGAAUUACUUUCGAAGUCCCUCUCGAAGGGCACUUUUUGGUGGAAUCUCCCUGUUGGGAGGUUUUUACGUUGCACAAACAAUCUCUCUGUCCUUUGGAGCUUUAGGAGUAAAUGAUGUGAUUGCAGCUGUUGUAUGUGUGCUACUGACAGAGUAUGUGACAAGGUUUUAUUACAGCCCCAAGGUAACCUUCCCCAUUGCUCUUCUUAACAAUUUCAAGAUGGGUUUCACUUAUGGACUUUUCAUUGAUGCUUUUAAGCUUGCCAGUUGAUUAUACCCAUUUUAUCACGAUCCUUGUGGUUGACUUUAAUUCUUAGUAUCAAGUUUAUAUACCUCUCGAAUCUCUCCCAUUACGAGAUAUGUUUCAGUCUAUUCUUCUCUUACACGUCGUUGAAGCUCAGACAAAAUGAUUUGAUGUAUUAUAUUAACCUAAUUGUUAUGCUGUGAAGCUAGUAACUUCGUGAUUUCAGACAUAGGUCUCUUCCGGUAAAUAUUGUACUGAAUUGAAUGCGGUUUUUUCGCUGUUCCGGGACUUA